AUGGAAAAUAUCUCCAGCUUGAGCAAGUACCUCCUUCAGCCGAGCAGACUGUCGCGGUUUGAUUAUCACGAUUUCAGGACGCUUCACGAACGCGAUUUGAGUCUUUACGCUGACAAGCUGCUUGUGGACAAGAAAGAUGAGAGUGUGACUGAACUUGUUGCCGGUAGAAUCACGGAAGUCGAAGAGACUGAACAAGGGGACGAUAACCGUGCCACGGUGACGCCGAAAACCGAAAGCGACCAUGAUGAAGCUAAGAAAGAGAAUGAAAAAGGCACAGCAGAGGAAGAGAAGUCCAAAAGCUCCAAAGAGGACGAUCGCAACUCGGAAACCUUCGUGGCAGUGAUUGCGCAAGCUAUUCUCAGCGUGCCAACCAAACGAAUGACGUUAAGUUCCAUCUACAGCUUCAUCGCCCGCAACUAUCCGCACUUUGACAAGGAAAAGGGCCCUGGCUGGAGAAAUAGUGUGCGACAUAAUCUGUCCAGUAAUGACUGUUUCGUGAAGGCUAGCAGGGCUGAGAACGGCAAAGGACACUACUGGAUGAUCCACCCGAAGGAUUUGCCAGAAUUUGCCAAAGGCAACUUCAGAAGACGUAGAAAGCCACGUCGACCCAAAUGCAGCCAUCCGCUGAUGUUCAGAGACAACCCAUUCCUCUAUCACCCAUUUGGAUCAAGCUUCUCUGCAUUCCCUUACACAGCCCAUCUCAGACCCACAUCUGGUGAAAUUCCCACGGAGCUGCCUUUGCCUUUGACUUAUGGCUCAUCCGAGCGCGCCAUGUCUCCAGCCUUCCGUCCCAGAUUGGGUCUUCUGCCAGGGUAUGAUGACAGCAGAAGCCUGAGUACUGCUUCUCACGCAUUUACUUAUCCAACAUCUACACUAAGGCUCGCUGAAGCAACUUCGUCAAGGAACUUUCCAACCGCCAGUGGACUGACAACGUUUUCUGGCUCCUUUCACUAUCCAUGUGCGUGCCAUCGAUAA